GGGCAGCCGCAAGCGCAAGCGGAGCAGCGGGGCCUUCUGCUACUGUCACCCCGACUCCGAGACCGACGAGGAUGAGGAGGAAGGCGACGAGCAGCAGCGGCUCCUCAACACCCCGCGGAGGAAAAAAUUAAAGAGUACAUCCAAAUACAUUUAUCAAACAUUAUUUUUGAAUGGUGAAAAUAGUGAUAUUAAGAUUUGUGCUCUGGGAGAAGAAUGGAGCUUACACAAAAUAUAUUUAUGUCAAUCUGGCUACUUUUCUAGUAUGUUCAGUGGUUCUUGGAAAGAAUCCAGCAUGAAUAUUAUCGAACUGGAGAUUCCUGACCAGAAUAUUGAUAUAGAAGCACUGCAGGUUGCAUUUGGGUCACUAUAUCGAGAUGACGUCUUAAUAAAGCCCAGUCGAGUUGUUGCAAUCUUGGCAGCUGCUUGUAUGCUGCAGUUGGAUGGUUUAAUACAGCAGUGUGGUGAGACGAUGAAGGAGACAAUUAAUGUGAAAACCGUAUGUGGCUAUUACACGUCCGCAGGGACCUAUGGCUUAGACUCUGUAAAGAAAAAGUGCCUUGAAUGGCUUCUAAACAAUUUGAUGACUCAUCAGAAUGUUGAACUUUUUAAAGAACUCAGUAUAAAUGUCAUGAAACAGCUCAUUGGUUCAUCUAACUUAUUUGUGAUGCAAGUGGAAAUGGAUGUAUACACAGCUCUAAAAAAGUGGAUGUUCCUUCAACUUGUGCCUUCUUGGAAUGGAUCUUUAAAACAGCUUUUGACAGAAACAGAUGUUUGGUUUUCCAAGCGGAAAAAGGAUUUUGAAGGUGUAACCUUCCUUGAAACAGAGCAAGGAAAACCAUUUGUGUCAGUGUUCAAACAUUUAAGGUUACAAUACAUUAUUAGUGAUCUGGCUUCUGCAAGAAUUAUUGAGCAAGAUUGUCUGGUACCUUCAGAAUGGCUGUCUUCAGUGUAUAAACAGCAGUGGCUUGCUAUGCUCCGGGCAGAGCAAGAUAGUGAGGUGGGGCCACAAGAAAUCAAUAAAGAAGAACUAGAGGGAAAUAGCAUGAGGUGUGGUAGAAAGCUUGCCAAAGAUGGUGAAUACUGCUGGCGGUGGACAGGUUUUAACUUCGGCUUUGACCUACUUGUAACUUACACCAAUCGAUACAUCAUUUUCAAACGCAAUACUCUGAAUCAGCCAUGUAGCGGAUCCGUCAGUUUACAACCUCGAAGGAGCAUUGCAUUUAGAUUACGUUUGGCUUCUUUUGAUAGUAGUGGAAAAUUAAUAUGUAGUAGGACAACUGGCUAUCAAAUACUUACACUUGAAAAAGAUCAGGAACAAGUGGUGAUGAACUUGGACAGCAGGCUUCUGAUCUUCCCUUUGUAUAUCUGCUGUAACUUCUUGUAUAUAUCACCAGAAAAAAGAACUGAAAAUAAUCGUCACCCAGAAAAUCCAGAAAACUGAGGAGCUCCUCAUCAGUUGGAAACAGUAGCACUUUGAAAACUUCAGGCCAGUUUUCAUUUCAUGGCCCUACUGAUAAUUUACAUCUAAGGUGACUAACGAUGACAAAGCCUUAUGAACUGUACAGACAAUACAGAAGACUAUCCUUGCCCUCAUUCCAUUUCUAUGCAUAUAUGAAAAAAAAAAAAAAAACAUUUUAAACUCAAGAAAGUAUCUGCCAAACCAUUCAUGUUACAAAGAUGCCAACCCGGUGCAUUUAAUUUAGCUUCAGUGGGAAACUGCUGCAGGUACAUUUCUCGUUUCUCUGCAACAAAAUAUAAAUUUAACUUUUAGCAUAAACUUAAAGUGAGCCUAUGUUAUCUAUUGGUAAAUUUAUUUUUAUUUGGUUAAGAGAAUGCUAAAGGAAUCAUUUGAAUGACCAAUUAUAGAUGCUCUUUCAUUUGGUGCGUUUAAAACUUGUCCUUUGAUUUUUUUCAACCACUCCUAUGAUUCUUUUAUUCUGACAUAUUUCCAAUUUAUACUUGUUUUUAAUCAUUAAAUACUUUUCAUGGUCUUGGAGACUAAGCUGAGAAACUUUUUUUAAAAACUUAAGUAUUUUCAUGCUAUUUUCUUUGAGCUCUCCUAGAAUUUUAACAACAAAAAUCAGCUUCAGACCUUCCGAUGAACUUGAAUAAGGAAAGAAUCAGUCGAUUCUGAGGAUAUUCCUUUGCCUUACAUUGUCUUUUCUCACUGACAUUGUGUACACCUUUAUUAAUGGGUCAUAAGUUAUUUAUGUACCAGGUAAUACACUUUUAAACAUUUUUAUGUUCUCCGAUCUUUAGAAUUAUUUAUGUUCAAAUUUUAGUUGGGAAUCCUGUUUCCUACUUAAACUCAGGACUUUAUAACCUCUGAAUUGAGUGCCUUUGAGUUCACAUGCUAAUAGAAAUGUCAUAAGUGUAAAUAAGGCUGGAGGAUCUAUUAUAGAAGCUGAUAAUAAAGCAUUAAUGUAAAAAUAGAA